CCUUGAAGGUGGCAAAGCAUGCAUUUAGGCCACGUACACACAAUCUGCAUAAACGCCAAAGUCGAUUGUUUUGUUUACUUUUAUAUCAAUAAUUAAAGAGGAAAGUAGUUAAGUCGAGCUGCAAAUGGUUUGUUCCACAUAUCGAAGAUGAGGAUUGAAUUAUUAGAUUUGUUUGCUAUUUUGUCGUUAUAUUUCUUUUCAACGAUUCUCGGGGAGGAACAACCGGCGGGAGAGCAGAAGCAAGGCGAAAAUGCUGGGCAAAAGAUUGAUCCAAUGAAACUUAUUAAAGACUCUCAACACAUUAAAGAACAUUUGAAAGCUGAAUAUGGAUUUAAUGACAAACAAGCUGAUGACUAUCUUAAGCAAUAUGAUGCCCAGACACAAUUUUUUGUGAUGCAUGAUUAUGAUAACAACACAAAGCUAGAUGGUUUGGAAUUAUUAAAGUCAAUGACACAUCAUCAUGAUGGGGAUGACCAUGGUGACGGCCAUGAUGCAUCAGAUCAGACAGAUACUCUAGUUGAAUUUGUAGACAUGGUAAUGAAAGAUCAAGACCUCAAUGAUGAUGGAUACAUUGAUUACCCAGAAUACAUCAAUUAUUACACUAAAUUUGAUAAAGGAAGUGAUGAUGGUGCACCUGGUACUGCAAAGUCCUAAUCUCAGAAAAAAUAGUUCUUGAAGUAAUCUAAUUUCAACUGACUUUCUUCUUAGCUGUUUCAAAUUUCCAUAGCACUGCUUUUAUAAGAUUCGUCAUUUAUGUUUGAAUCAAUGCGCGAAGAGACAUGAUGUUAAAUUUUACAAGAUAAGCAAUAGUGGUUAUAAUAAGAUUACAGAGCUGCUUUGUAGCCAAGAAGGGAAUCAUUAUGAAGGCUCAUUUCCUAAAGGUAGUAAUUUUUACAGCGAUUUGAUUUUCUUCUCAAAAGUAUAGCACCAGCAUUCUUAGAAAUAAUCCUUUAAUAGGUAAGUUACUUAAAGAUUCAUCUCAGAGGCUCUAGAGCUGAUUUUUGGCUACAUUUAAACCUGUAAGUAAAUUUCAAAAUUUUAUUUAACAUCCAAAGAUGUUUCCUAGAGGUAGAGACCACCUACAAAGACAUACUGUAAUUAAUAUGAUACACAUUGAGAAUAAAUAUUGAUUGAUUACCACUUUUAAGGGGUAUCUACAGAAUCGCAUUAAAACUUCCAUAAUAUGUCUAAUGUUAGUGCAAUAUUUAUAUGGUGAUUGGUAAAGCUGAUGCAGAUUAAUCACCAUUUGUCACAAUAUGGACAGCUUUCUAAUGGAUUCUCAGAAGUAAACUUGAACUUGCUGUUUGUAAUGUUUGAUAUUUUUCUCUUUUUGCUCAAAAUGAAGUUUUAUUAAGCUAUUCAUUUGUGAAAAGAUAAGCCAAUUUGAUAUCCAUCAAAAUUCUUGUGACAUCUUGUUAUCUGUGAAACAUUUAAAAAACAUCUUUAAAUAGACAGAGCAUAUUGAGAUCUUGCCAUUGACAGACUGGCCAGUUGGGCUACUCAUCGGUUGGGUUUUUAAAGGUUCCUUUUUCUUCCAUGAAUUUUUUUAUUAAUUGUUAAAUUAAGAUAUUAGCAGCUGACACAUUUAUAAAUAUAUUGCGAAAAUUAUAAGAAAAAAUUUAUUUUUCUGGUCGUAAACCCCAAUUUUUAGCACACUUCACUCACCUUCAGUUUCAUGGCCUUAAUUUCAAUGACAAUUGUGCUCUUGUCCCUGGCAGUCAGUCUGUCCCUGCAUCAUCCUCAUACAAGAUAAAUAAGAAAAACAAACUAUAAAGCCUAAGAUCGACGAAUCUUGCUAUAUACUUAGAAGCAGAAAAUAUUGUAGUGAUAGAAGUUUUAACAAAAAUAAAAGUUCCUAGAUUG